AGGUUGUAGGGGCACUGGGACCACACAUCAGCCUAUAUUGACCCUGCUUAAUCAAUUUUGCUUGGUCAGUCAACAAUGAAUUCCUACUUAGAUUAUACGAUUUAUAACCGUGGUGCUAACACUUAUAGUUCGAAGGUUGGGUGUUUUCCGAUGGAGCAAAAAUAUUCGCCAAAUGUUUGUGCAAGUAGUAAUAGUUACAUUCCCGAGGGACGGCCAGUCGGAGGAAACACUUUUACAACCGCACAGCACGAAGCUCAUGGCACAACUUACGAACUUCAUUCGCAGCAAUACCACAUCAACAUGGACAUGGGGAAAACUGGACACACCAAUUUUUGCAAGCAAACUCGACCUCCUCUCUCGGACUAUGGACAUCAACACGUUCUCACUCAAGCAGAUGACCACUUGCGUCUUCAGUCCCCUGCUUUUUCUGUCGUGAACAUGGAAACAUACAGUGAAUCUAACUGCAGGCCUGGCUCGGUUUCUGCAAACCAUUAUCAGUCAUAUCCCUAUGAAGAACAGGAACCACACGGCUAUGGUUCGUUAAGCAAGUACCAGGUCUCCCUUGACGGUGACAGCGACUCCAAGACGAACAUCAAACAAGCGCCAACGUUUGACUGGAUGAAAGUCAAGAGGAACCCUCCUAAAACAGUUAAAGUCGCCGAAUAUGGGAUCCACGGUCAGCAGAACAUAAUACGCACCAAUUUCACCACCAAGCAGCUCACCGAACUUGAGAAGGAGUUCCACUUCAACAAGUACCUGACCAGGGCGCGCAGAGUGGAAGUGGCCGCCACCCUCGAACUGAACGAAACGCAGGUUAAAAUUUGGUUUCAGAAUCGCAGAAUGAAACAGAAGAAGCGCGAGAAGGAAGGAACAGCCCCGGUAAUUAAACGUGUGACUCUUUGCUCUGCUGGUCAAAGCGCAGACAACUCAAACAGCUCAUCCCCGGGUGCUUCGCCUACCUCAGACUCUUCCACUGCUAUUCGAUGACUACUUGCCUUUGUGGCAAACGAACUUACAUUUCAACGUUGUGCUGUGGAGAACUUCUUAACUUAUUCUGCUGUCUUAGACAAAGCAUAAA